GCUUGUAAUAUCCAAAUAACUUAUUAAAUACACAAUUAAAACGAAUUAUGCAUGUAUUUAUGAAUAAUCAUCAUAAAUUUAAGGAACAAAAGAUCAAAAUAAAAUUGAAUUACUCUGAAUUAUUGCAAAAGCUCAUAAUAUAAUUUAAGUAUCUUAUUAAUUUAUAUGUAUUAUUUAAUUUAUUUAAAUUAAAUUCUUAAUAAAGUUAUAAACAACCUGAAGAAAGUUUAAGCGAAAAAGGAUUUGUUUAGUUUAGUUUAGUAGAUAAUAUAAAUUUUAAUAUGUUAACACAUUCUUCAAGUAGAGGCUAGUUAUUGAUGCCCCUUUUAAGUAGAGAUACUUCAAUGCAGGAACUAAGAUAAAAUGUUUUACCUGUCUAUGAUCCAUUCAAAUCACCUCCAGAUUUUACUUUAGUUGACAUGCACGCAAAGGCUUGCCUUGUUGGUAAACUCGAGGAGAAAUAGGACAAUAUCGAAUGCUGUCCUUGCUGCAAUAACUUUGUUAAUAAAGGAAAUAUGGAUAUUAAUUGCAGCGAUUAAGAUUUGGAGUUUUUAGGAGCUGCUUAUCCAUUAUUUUUUAAAAUGACAAUCUAUGUGAUUAUUUUUAUUCUUAUCCUUUUUUUCUUUGGAGGCUCUAUGCGUAUUAUGUGGAGUAACUGGAAUUGCGAGGAUGAUUGUGUAAGAUUCUUUGGAUAUUUUGUAAUUAUGGAUUCUAGUAAAGAGCAUGAAUAGUUUAAUGGCAUGUGGUAUGACCUUCUUACAUCUUUAAUUCUUAUGGCAGCUGUUAUAGUAAUAAAGCCUCAAAUUGCAAAUAAUAUAAAUGAUAUCAAUAUUGGAUUUAUUGAUCCAGCAUCAUUUACUAUUGCUAUGAAGAAUCUUCCUCAAAACACAAAAAAGGAAGACAUUGAAAAUUUCUUCAAGCCUGUAUUGAAGCGUUCAAAAGAUUAGCCUAAAAUAGAGAAAAUAAAUUUUGCUUAUUCAGUCGAUUAAUAUUUUGCUGCUUUUAAUUCAAAAAUUAGCUGCAUCACUUAGAUAAAUAAAAUCAAUUUAAAACUUAAUGAUAACUUUUGUGAAGAAAGUAAAAAACCUAAGUUGAGACAGUAAUUAGAAUAUCAACAAAACCUUCUCAAGUAGCAUGAAGAGCAAUUGGAAAAAUUCAGUAAAGAAUGCGAAAAAGAAGGUUAUACGGAAAAUUUUACAGGAACGGCGUUUGUUACAUUCAACACUUAAAAAAUUAUUAAACCUAUUCUUAGUGAAUGGGGCAAUAGCACAAGAAGAAGUUUACAAAAUUUCCUGUUUGGGUGCUUUUAAUCACCUUACUAGGAUUUCAAGGGUAAUAAAUUAAUCAUUACAAAGGCUCCUACUCCUACUGAUAUUCUUUGGGACAACCAAAAAUUCUCCUUCUUCAGAACUUAUUUGAAUAAUUCACUUAUGAUUUUUGUUGCCCUAGCUAUUUUGUUUGGUAGUUUUUAUCUUCAAUAUAUAAUAAUGAAAAUAGUUUAUCCCUUCAGAAAGAAUGCAAGCUAAGAUUUCGGUAAAAGAAUCUAAGCUUAUGCUAUGUCACUUGUAGUCGUCACUUGUAAUGCAAUUCUAAGAUUGGUUGUCAUGUAUUUUACACAGCUUUAAAAGCUAGACUCAUAAGUACGCUAUAACUCUGCAUAUAUUAAUAGAUAUGUCGUUCUUUUGUUUUUUAAUAGUGCUUUUAUGCCUUACUUGAUUCAUAAGAAAUGGGAUGAUGAUAUUUAAGUUAGCUCAAACCUUCUUUUGCAAGAUAUUACUUUCUUAUUUUUAACUAAUGCUUUCUCAGAGCCCUUAGCCAAAAUAUUUAAUGUUUUUUGGGUUCACAGAGUUUACAUGAGAUACAUAAUUAGGAAGUAUGAGCCAAACAAAUGCCCUUACACUUAGCACGAAGCAAAUUACUGGCAUGAAGGUCCUUCAUUUUUUAUAGCGAAUAGUUAUGCUUACAUAUCUCGUACUUUAUUUUUAUGUACUUGGUAUGCUUCUGUAUCUCCUUAUGGGCUAUUGUUUUCCUUAAUAGGUUUAAUCUGUAAUUAUUAUGUGGACAGGAUCUUACUAUUGAGAUAUUGUUCAUGCCCUGAAUCCUAAAGUGAAGACAUAAUUACAGAAGUUGUGAAUUCGCUUCCUUUCUUGCCUAUUAUUUAUAUUUGUGGUGUGAUAUAAUUCUAAAAUAGAUCGAAGUUAGAGGUUAACGAAAAUUUAUUUGUUUUCUUUGGUUAAUAUUUUGAAUAUGGAUUAACUUCGGUAGCUAUGUUUGUGUCUUUUGUUGGAUAUCUGCUGAUAAACCAUUUGUAAAAAGAUAAAAAAGAAUAAUUUAGUGAUAAAUUCAACAUUCAGUAUAAUGAUGCAAUUAGUGAGUUUAGAACUGAAUAUGAAAAAGUCAACCCUAUCACUUCUUUUAAAGCAAAUAUGGAAUGGACUAAAGCCAUGAACAAAAAAAGAGCAAAUAACGUAGUUGGUAAUUAAAUGACUAAUGUGUAAAAUAGAAAUACUAGAACAACAAAUUAUUUUGCUUUCGGUGGUGCUAAUAUAAGAAAUUCAACUUUGCUGUAACGUAACAGUAGUUUGGGUAAUUUAAAUGCAUUUAGGUAAAGAAUACCUGAAGUAGAUCACAGGCUACCUAUGACGUCUUCUUAAUCGAAUUUAAAUGCUUUUGAAUUGAUUAAAUUUAACUGAAAGCAAGGUUUAUAUAAUACAAAAUCAUUACUUUAAAUAAAAGCUAUUUACUUAAUAUUAAAAUAAAUAAAUAAAUAUUUUUAUUUUUGAGUAAUGAAAAAAUGAUGAUUGUAUUAUAUUUUAGGAAGGAUAUCUAAAUAAUUAAUUAAUUAAUUCUCUUUAUUUCAAAAAUAUAGCUUAGUUAGUAAAUUACUAAUUACUUAACUGGAUAAAUUUAAAAUAUAAAUUGAACUCUAAAUUCAUGAAUAAUAAAUGCAUAAUUACAUAGAUUAAUUUAAUAACUUUUAUAAUAAUCAAAAUAUUAAACUAAAAACUGUUUUAUCACAUAACAAUAUUUACAUAGUAUCUAAAAUAAACAAUUCAAACAAUUCUUUCUUUUUUAUUUAUAAUUUUGAUAACAUCUCUUUGUUUUUCAUUGAAAAUAAAUAAUUAACCUUCAAAUAAAAUACCAAA